GGAAUGCAGAAGAGGGAAUAUUGCAAGGUAAGAGACAGCUAGAUGAGGAUGAAGAAGAUCAAAGAAAAAGAGCAAAAGAUCACAGAUGGGACCAAGCAUUUAGAAUAGAUUUCAAAGAUCCAGUUGAUUUUGUGCAGUAUCUAGAGGAACAUAUUCAGGAUGAAUGUAAUAAUGUUUAUGAGGUUGCAAACAUAUGUUUGUACUGGAUUGGUGCUGUGGUACAAAUUAUAACCAAGAAAAAAUAUACACCUGAACAGCUUUGGAAGAUGCAAAUGACACAUGACAAUAAACUUUAUAGUUUUUGGAAUGAAAUUGUAGAAAUGCGAGAGUCAUUUAAAGAAGGACCUGAUAAAGUCAUUAACAAUACAAAGAAAUUGUGUGAGGAACAAUUCAAUAGAAAAAUUUUAUGUUUGUUUGAUGAAGCAUCAGCUUUGCUAGAUGAAAAGGCUAAUAUUGAUGAAGAAUCCAGCAACUUUGCAUAUAGAGGAUGUAGAAGAGCACUAGCAUAUAUCAGUUCUGUAUUUGGUAUAAUGACUGACACAAACUCAAGUGUUGCAAAUUUAGUCCCCAAGCCAAAGAUGACAAAUCAAAUUAUUAAUGACACAAAUAUGAGUCUGCUAGAUCCUUUUAUCCAUAUAGCAACAACAGAUAUAUUCAGCAAAUCUGAUUCCUUGCCUCAAGAAAUCCAAGUAUUACAAGGACAGCAAGGGUUUAAUAUUUGCCAGUUUGGACGACCUCUUUGGAUAGCCUACAUAGUAGCAAACAGAAAUAAAAAUCAUUUAAAGCAAAAGAUUGUCUUGUCACAUUUUGGAUGCACUGUUGGUCUUCACCUUUGUCCCCAAAUGGAACUACCUUCCCAAUUGGCUAGUAACCAUAUGGCAACAAUAGUGGCUAUCAAUGAAGAUAGAACAGAGCUGCUAACUUGUUAUCCAUCUGAACCAAUUCUUUCUGAAGCAGCCAUGAAAAUUUUAAGUGUAUAUCAUUAUCGACUAAAAUCAAUAGAAAUUUUAAACAGUAUUAUUUGGGAAGGUUGCAUUGUAGAUGAUGAUUUCCUGCAAGCCCUUUUUCCACAAUCAAGCAUUAAUAUUUGUCCUAUAUGGAAAGAUUAUGAAAUAGGAUUCACACACUUUAUUCCAAUAACAUAUCAACCAAACAUAGAAACUAUUAAAAAAGCAUGGGAAAGGUAUGGAGCAAUAAUCCUAAAGUGUUAUCAACAAGGUGGAGAUCUUAUGUUGAUAAAAAACUGGGCAAGAAGACAAACCAACUUUGAUAGUGAAGGGGGUAGACAACUGAGGGCAACUCAUGUUUUUAGUAAGGAAUUAGGAGAAAAUGUUGGUAAAGAGUUUUAUUUGGGCAUUUAUGACCACCUUGGAGAAGCAUAUACAGAAGAUUCAAGCAUUACAUUUUAUAAUUACAGCCAAAGUAUGGGAAGAUGGAAACUCCAAAAAAUUGAUGAAAAUAAAACAACUACUAAUAGGAUUGUGGUUCUGGGGUUGUCAAAUUUUUAUACUACCAAUGACAGUGAGGAGUUAAAAACAAUGAAGUCUCUUGUACAAGCAUGGGAUAAUCCAUUGCUAUGGAAUGGACAAUCAUUUGAUAAUAAGAGACAAACAUUAGUUUCAUCUAUGAUACCAUUGAAAAU